CGGCUGCACACGCCCAUGUAUUUCUUCCUGGCCAACCUCUCGGUCCUGGACCUGUGCUUCACCACGGGCUCCGUCCCGCAGCUGCUGCACAACCUGCGGGGCCCCGACAAGACCAUCAGCGCCCCAGGCUGCGCCACGCAGCUCUUCGUGGUCCUGGCGCUGGGCGGCGUGGAGUGCGUGCUGCUGGCCGUCAUGGCCUACGACCGCCGCGCCGCCGUGUGCCAGCCUCUGCGCUACGCCGUGCUCCUGCGCCCACGGCGCUGCGGGCAGCUGGCUGCGCUGGCCUGGCUCAGCGGCUUCGCCAAUGCGCUCGUCAUGACGCCCCAGACGCUGCUGCUGCCCCGCUGCGGGCGCCGACGCGUGGACCACUUCCUCUGCGAGAUGCCGGCCCUGGUGGGCAUGGCCUGCGUGGACACCGCGGCCCUGGAGGCGCUGGCCUUCGCCCUGGCCGUGCCCAUCGUCCUGGCCCCGCUCGCCCUCAUCCUCGUCUCCUACGGGCACAUCGCGCGCGCCGUGCGCCGGAUCCGGACCGGGGCGGGCCGGCGCAAAGCCGUGCGCACCUGCGGCGCGCACCUGGCCGUAGUCGCGCUCUUCUACGGCACCAUCAUCUACAUGUACCUGCAGCCGCCCAGCCCGCGGGCCCAGGACCGGGGCAAGUUCCUGACGCUGCUCUACACCAUUGUCACGCCCAGCGUGAACCCCCUCAUCUACACCCUGCGGAACAGGGACGUCCACGAGGCGGCGAGGAAGGUGCUGCUGGGGAAGGGGGGCGCAGAGGCCUAG